AUGGACAAAAAAUUGACGCUAAUUGGCGAAUUAAUUCACGAAAUCAAGAAAUCAUGGAAUGACUCAUAUUGUUUACAACAUGAACAGUUUUUCCAGGCAAAUGUUCUGGCUGACGAUAUUAUUCAGAAGUUAAUUAAUUUGCGUAAUUUAUGCAGUAAUAUAUCCUUGAGUACUACGAAGAAUGAAUGUUAUGAUAAGAUAUUAAUGAAUAGUGAUACACGACAAUGUUUGCCUCACCAUGGAGAAAUUCACACUGAGCAAAUGGUUAAUAUAAAAACGGAAGCAGUGCUAAACAAUGAUGAAGCAAAUUUAAUAGAGAUAGCUCAUCAUGCAUUUAAUAAUGAGAAUUAUGCAAAAUGUGUUCGAACAAUUGAAAGGAUUGCAACAUUGCAACAGAGCAAAUUAAAUCCAAUUCUCAUGGAUUUAUGCCAUAAAUCAUAUAAAAAAGUUAUCCAAAGUGCGGCAUCAAAUACUGAUCGGCUAAAAUUGUGUGAAUGGUGGAGGUUAUUUGUUGAAAGUACAAGAUUGGAUGAUUCAUCAAAUGAAGCAUUACUCUGUCAGAUCGAUUGGCGCAGUGAAUGUUUGCAAGAAAGAUUAAAACUUACGAGAUGUGUUAAUGAACGAAUGCGAAUAUCGGAAUUAUUGAUUGUUAGUUUGAUCGAAGCAUAUGAGGUUGCUGUUCAAUGUAUGGCAACAUUUUCAGCCGUCAAAUUAAAGCAACGCAUCGAUGGUUUAUGUUCAAUGAUUAAUGAUUAUUUGCGCAAUUUUUCUGAAUUGGACAAAGUAUCAUUGGUGAUUGAAGAAGGAAUCGAACUCUUAAGGCUUAUCUAUAAUGAAGCAAAGGAUGAGUUCAAUACAACGAUACAAAAUAAUUCGAAAAAUGAAGAUGACAGAAAAAUUUUAAUGGCAAUAAUGAACGAAAUCAAUCUUGUCUUACAGCACUGCAGUUGGUGUGAUAUUAAUAAGGCGGAAAUUAAGCCAACUGAUAUGAUAACUGUAUGCAAUCAUUCUAACACAGCUAUCAUCGAUCAAAGCAAUACUUCAACAAAUGACUUAUCAUCUGAUGACGAUGAUGGUGAUGAUAAUGAUAAUGAUAAUGAUCUCUAUCAUGAUGAUAUCAUUGAAGCACGCUUUUAA